AUGGCCAUGGACGCUCAACAUCGUCGGCUCUUCAUCCAAUGGAGCCAGAGCGAGCGUGUCUCGCUAUCGGUGGUCACAUUUGAUGGGGACACCGAGACGUUCGUUGUGCCGGGAGAGCUUCUUCGGCGGCGUUCGCGCAAGUUCCGCGAGACCUUGACAUGUUACGUCUCGGGGAUGCCGGUUCAUGAUACGUCGCUUGACAUAAUGAAAGACUUUUACAUGUGGACCAUGUCUCCUCGGCCGCACAUCGACGAGGGUGCGUCGUUUGACCAGGCGGUGAAGUUGGGCGUUUUCGCCUCAAAGUAUGAAAUUCCGGCGUUGAGCAACCAGGUCACCGAUGUGAUUCGUAGCCACCUCGCAAGUGGCGAGUGGAAGCUGCGAGCUUCGAUGGUCGACGAGAUCUACGAGGCCGUACCGGUAGGCAGGCCCCUGCGUGAGGUCAUCCGCACGGCACUGGGUCAACUGCCGAGAUCGAUCACGACCGAUCCAGAAGAGCCCACGCGAGAAGAAUGGGCGGCCGUGAUUCUGAAACACGGGCACUUUGCGCUCGACUUCAUCCAGGCAACUUCCUCAGAGUGGACAAAACAAGCUUACCUUUCGAAUGUCUGUCGUUUCCACGACCACGAGGACAUGGGAGCUCAGAAUGUGACCCUGGCGUCUUGUGAUGGGUGUCGGUACGCACAGGAUGAAUGCUACCCCAACUUCGAGCAAGAGGCCUUGGCUGAACCGGCCCAUGCGGAAGAAGAGAUGCCAUUAGAGGAGCCGGUGGAAACCGCCGAGAGUAGCGACAAGACUUACUACACUGCCGAAGAAGCAGCAGCACCGCCAGAGCCGGAGCCGGAGACAGGCCUCGAACCAAUCGAAGAAGAGCCAGCAUUUGCCUACGAGGAAGCAUCAGAGGUUGCGUACGCCGACCACCUCGUCGAGCAUCUUGCCGAACUCAAAGAGGAACCCGCACCUGCUUAUGAGGAACCAGACCGUGAACCAACACCGGUACCCGUCUUCUCAGAUGAGCCAGUCGAUCCUGCAGCGGUAGAUCCGGCACCGGAACCAGAAAUGGUUGCCGCCGAACGCCAGUUCAGCUGGGUAGAUGACGAGGAUCCCAUGUCGGAGAUGAACGGUGUUCCGCCAUCAGAUACCAACGAAGUCGCUGUAUCCGAAGUCAAUGCCAUGGCACCAUCUGAAACCAGUGCUGUGACAACGUCGGAGUCGAACGGAAGCAUCAUCUCUCACCCUCUGGUCAAGGACUUGACAGGAGCUGCUGUUCCGGAAUCGGUGAUUGAAGAAGUAGAUACACCAGUGGCUGUGGAGGCCGCUGUCGUAGAGAAUGGGGACACAGUGGGAGACAAAGGUAUUCAGUCUCCUGCGGUCGAGACGGCUAAUGAGUCAUCUGGAAAGAAGAAAAAGAAGAAGAAGAACCGGGGAAGUAGUAUUAGUCAGGCAAGAUAG